AUGACGGGAAACAGCAGAACUUUGAGGGUGCUCUUUUUGCUGUGGCAGGUCCAGAACAACUCUGUCAUCGCCCUCAAACUGCAGCCCGCCAUUGAGUUUCCUCACGAGUCGGGCAAUUUGAAGCGAAUGAAGAGAGAGUGGGUUAUUCCAGCGAUUAACUUUCCAGAAAAUGUCCGGGGUCCAUAUCCAAAAUUCAUGGUGAAGAUCAAGUCAAGCAAUGAGGUCAAGGUGGUGAUAAACUACAAGAUCACUGGACCAGGGGCCGAUCAGCCUCCUGAGGGGGUUUUUACGGUCGAUCGGCGAUCUGGGGUGCUAUAUGUGACCCAGCCACUGGACAGGGAGAGGACAGCCAGAUACAGUCUGUGGGCUCAUGCACUGAAUGGGGCCAUGAAGGCUGAGGAGCCCAUGGAGCUCAUUAUCAACGUCAUUGAUCAGAAUGACAAUGCUCCCGAAUUCACUCAGGACCCUUUCUAUGGCAGAGUGAGCGAAAGCGCUGAAGCUGGUGACUCUGUCAUCAAAGUAACAGCAGUGGAUAAAGACGACCCACGGACAAACAACGCUAUAAUAAGGUAUAAAAUAAGGGCUCAGAUGCCUGAAAAGGACACGUUUGCCAUAAACCCAGUGAGUGGAAUGAUCAGCGUGAUCACAGGUGGACUGGACAGAGAGACUCACCCAGAGUACAAGCUGAUCAUUGAAGCUGCUGAUAUGGAGGGAGACGGGCUCACAGCCACCUGCACUGUCAUCGUCAGUAUUACUGACAGCAACGAUAAUGCUCCACAGUUCACCGUCACAUCUAUGUCCACAUCAGUGCCUGAGAAUGAGGUUGGAGCGGAGGUAAUAAGACUAAAGGUCACUGACACAGACGAGUUAGGAUCUCCAAAUGCCAACAGCAAAUACUCAAUAAUCAAAGGUAACGAGGGGGGAGACUUCAGCAUCACCACAGGCCCCGACAACAUGGAAGGAAUCCUAAAAACAGCCAAGGAGCUGGACUUUGAGAGCUCUCCUGUCUUUACUCUGCUGGUGGUGGCGACAAAUGAGGUGCCGUUUUCUGCCAAGGUGUCAACCUCGACCGCCACGGUCACUGUAACAGUCGUGGACAAGAAUGAGCCUCCUGUUUUCAUCCCAGCAGAGAUCCAUGUGAGCAUCCCAGAGGACGUGGAAACAGAGAGUUCUGUGGUUGACCUCACAGCGAGGGACCCUGACACAGCCAGGAAACAGAGCGUCAGGUAUAAACUUCAUAAUGACACCGCCAGGUGGCUGAGUGUUGAUAAAAACUCAGGAUCAGUAAAAGUUAAAAGCAACAUGGACAGAGAAUCCCACCAUGUCAAAGACAGCAAAUACACAGUCCUAGUUUUGGCGUACGACAAUGAUACCGUCCCAGCUACUGGGACAGGUACUCUGGUUGUGAGUCUAUUAGACGUGAAUGAUCAUCGUCCUGUGAUCAAGCAGAGGAAAGUCAGUCUUUGUAACAGUGACCCUUUUCCUGCCCUGCUGGACAUAAUGGAUCUGGACGGACCUGGUCAUGCUGGACCGUUUACUGUGCAGCUUCAGGGAGAGCACAAGAUCAACUGGACUGUUAGCACCAACGCCACAAGCAACGUAGCAGCCCUGGCCCCCAAACGAGAGUUGUCUCCUGGGGAUUAUUAUGUUCUAAUGCGCAUCUACGAUGUUUCCAUGCUCUACCAAGACAGCACACUGGACGUAGAGGUGUGCCAAUGUCAAGGGGCUGUCUCUACCUGCUUCAUACCACGUUCUGCCCCUCGUCUGCACACAUCUUCUCUCGCAACCUCAGUUCUAGGAGCCAUUUUUGUUCUACUAUUACUGCUCUUGCUGCUCCUGCUGUUGCUGAGAAGGAGGAAGAGAUCGGAGAAGGAUUUCCCUCUUCUCGAAGACAUACCCAGAGACCACAUCUUCUCCUACGAUGAGGAGGGAGGAGGCGAAGAGGACCAGGAGUAUGACCUAAGCCAGCUCCACAGAGGGCUUGAUAAUCGUCCUGAAGUCUUCUGCACUGACGUGUUUCCUACUGUCCAGAGCCGCCCCUGCUACCGCCUACAACUUCAAGCCAAUGAAGAGAUUGCCCAGUUUAUUGAGGAUAACCUGCAUGCUGCAGACAGUGAUCCCACAGCUCCACCUUAUGACUGCCUUUUGGUGUUUGACUACGAGGGCAUCGGCUCAGAGGCGGAUUCGCUCAGUUCACUCAACUCCUCAGACUCGGAUGAGGAGCAGGACUUUCAGAGCCUGGCUCUCUGGGGGCCACGUUUCAGCAGGUUGGCUGACCUGUACACGGGCAGGAUAGACGAGGACGAUGAUACGGAGACACUGCCAGGAAAAACAGAAUGGGUCUGACAUGCCCCUGUGUAUUUAUAGCCCGUCCAAACUUUUGUCCAUCUGCCCAAAGUCCUCUAAGUGCCGUGUGACCUCU